UUUUUAGCAUCAACGGUUGUAAAAGAACUAACUGUACCCAUAGCCCAUAGCUCUUUUAGUUAGUUCCUUUAUUUUUUUUCUUCUUUUCUGUUAAGAAACACUCCAAGCCUCACAUUUCCUCAACACACAAAUGUCUGCCACAACAUCCCCUAUCCCCCUCCGGUCCGACCGCAUCUCCUCCGGUUCACCUUUCUCCCGACCUCCACCGGUUCAUCGACUCGUUAACCCGAUCUUAUCCAAACCGUGGCGCACCGCGGCGCUGCAGAGAAGGUGGAGACACGCGUCAACGAGGAGCGUCGGACCGGUUCACGCAGGCUCCAGAGCUGAUGACUCGGCGCCGUUCGAGAUGUCGGUGGAGAACGCGCUGAAGCUGUUAGGUGUAUCGGAAGGUGCUUCGUUUGAUGAUAUACUGCGCGCCAAAAACUCGAUUGUUGCGGCUUGUAAAGAUGACCAGGAAGCCAUUUCACAGGUCGAGGCUGCAUAUGACAUGUUACUUAUGCAGAGCCUAACACAGAGGCGAGCAGGAAAAGUAGUGAACAGCAGUGUUCGCUAUGCUGAUGUUAAGCGUGUUCAGUCUCAAGUUGUAGGAUCGAUGCCUCAAUGGAUGCAAUCCACCAUGAAGAAACCACCAGUUUCAAUUGACUCACCUUCCACCAGUGAUUUUGGUUUACAAGCUGGAGUAUAUGGUGCACUGAUGGGUUUAACCUAUCUUAGUGGUUCUUCUAUUCCCCCUGCAGGUUACGCCGGGGCCGAUGUUCCGGGACUUAUCUUGGCUGGUAGUUUUGGAGCUUCCUUGUACUUUAUGACCAAAAAGAAUGUUAAGUUAGGGAAGGCUACUGUUAUAACCAUAGGAGGGCUCGUAGCUGGCGCCGUAGUAGGGUCGGUUGUAGAGAACUGGUUGCAGGUCGAUAUUGUCCCAUUUCUAGGCAUACACUCCCCUGCUGCUGUUGUUAGCGAAGUCAUAAUUUUAUCCCAAUUCUUGGUUUCUCUGUACCUAAGGUAGACCGAAAAACACGGCGAUGUUUAUAUUAAAAUUUGUAAUUAUUCAUUUGCAUGAUCAUGUCAAAGGGUUUACAGGGAAUGCUACUGUUAUAUAACCAUGUAGCUGACCCAUGUCAGCUGUACAUAACCGGUUGCAGUAGAAAUCGUCCCAUUUCUGGCAUACACUUACCUGCUGCUCUUAGUGAAAUCAAAGUUAUGUUUCCAUUCUUGGUUUCUUUGGUUUCUCUGUACUUAAGAUAGACAGGAAAACAUGGCAAUCUUGUAUCAGAAGCUGAAACUUGUAAUUUUUCAUUUACAUGAAGCAUGGUCAUACAUCAAGCAUUUUUAGAA